AUGGGGGUCUUCUUUCACAAUCUACUGGCUGUGGUUGCCCAAGUGUCAUGGUUGCUUCUGGCUAUAUUGACACCCUGGACAGUUUUUUGUUCACAAGAAUUAAAGCAGACUAGAUGGCCAUUGUUCUCUCAGAAGCCAGUUCUCCUUGCCUGGAAUGCCCCAACAGAGGAUUGUGGUCCUCGACAUGGUGUACGCUUCUCUCUGGAGCAGUUUCAGAUUGUGGCCUCCCCAAAUGAGGGCUUUGUCAAACAGAACCUUACAAUUUUCUAUAAGGACCGUCUUGGCAUUUAUCCUUAUUAUGAGCAUGAUGGAACUGCAGUUAACGGGGGGCUUCCUCAGGCUGCCAGCCUCACUCAGCAUCAUGAAAAGAUGCCUGAAGGUGUGCUAAAAUAUAUACGUGAGCCAGGCAUAAAAGGCUUAGCAGUCAUUGACUGGGAAGAAUGGCGCCCACUGUGGAUCCGUAAUUGGGAUAUCAAAAAUGUGUACAGGGAGAGAUCCCUUGAAAUGGUAAAGAAAAAAAACCCUGAUUGGCCACCAGAACGUGUUGGAAAAGUUGCGCAGCAGGAAUUUGAGCUAUCAGCUCGCAAAUUCAUGCUUGAGACUCUGAAACUUGCCAAACAUUUGAGGCCAAACCAGUUGUGGGGCUUUUACCUUUUUCCAGAUUGUUACAACCAUGACUACAAGAGUAGUCUAAGGAACUAUUCAGGCCGCUGCCCUGAUGUGGAGGUAGCCCGCAAUGACCAACUUACCUGGUUGUGGACUGAAAGCACUGCACUGUACCCAUCUAUAUACAUGGGUUCUGUACUAAGCUCGACAACAUUUGGGCGCCACUUUGUCCGCAACCGGGUAAAAGAGGGAAUGCGCCUGGCAUCUGCUGGCAAUGGAUCAGCCCGCCCGGUUUUCGUUUAUACCCGGCCUACUUACAUCAAUAAUUUGACGCCCCUGAGUGAGAUGGACCUGGUCUCCACCAUCGGUGAGAGUGUUGCACUUGGGGCAGCAGGUGUCAUCUUUUGGGGAGACUCCAUGUAUGCAAGCAGCAAUGCCACCUGCUCCAGCCUAAAUGGGUAUCUCCGGGGAAAGAUGGGUCGGUACCUGCUCAAUGUGUCCACGGCGGCAGAGCAGUGCAGUCGGAUGCAGUGUGGCUACCAUGGCCGCUGUCUGCGCCGGUUAUCAGACAGUGACGUGUACCUGCACCUUAGCCCCGUGACCCACAACAUCACCAGCCAGAGCGGCAAAUUGAAGGUAACAGGCCAACCUGGCCAAGUGGAAUUGGAGGAGUUCCGCAAACACUUCCAGUGCCAGUGCUACAGUGGUUACAGGGGUGAGAGCUGUGCUCAGAAAGAGAAAGGGCAGAAUAGAGCCUCUUCUGUCCUGGGAACUUGGCCCCUCAGCCUUAUUCUACCAAUAGGACUCCUCGCCCUGCUGCAUUGAGGGAACUCAGAUAUCCAAGCCAUUCACUUCUCUUUCCCAUCCCUUGAAGGUGUCUAAGCUGAGAGGGAACCAUUACCUCUAGUUAAGGAUAUGUAAUAUCAAAACAUGCUCAGCUGGACUUUAGUAGUUGUAUUUAAGGUCAUCUCUAUAUGAUCAAAAAGCCUUACAAAACAAAAUAACUACGAAACAUGAAAACCAUUUGAAGUGUACUUAUUUUGGUUGUGAAGUUAGUUGUUGAAAAGGAAAAAAUGGUUGAGACCUACAGUUCGAUCAGAGGGCAUUUAUUUGCAGAUUGUUGGUACAUUUAAACAAGUUAGUUGUGCGUACUCUACGUCUGUUUUUUCGUAACCGUAAAGGGCAGUGUGUACUAGAUGUGUUAUGGAACCAGGCUGUUUGACUCUUAUUACAUUGACUUUACGUAUGAUAAUUAUGAAUAAAUCUGAGUGGCUACACAGUUAUCCUCAGCUCUCAGAAACAACAUAGCUGGAUCUAUUUGCUGCUGAUUAGAUUUGUGCCUUAACAAGGCCAGGAAGUAUCCAUCAGUGCAGUUAUGCUUGAAUCUCAGUUAAACAACCAAGUAACAAAUUGUAACAUCUGCCAAAUUUCCAUUUUAAUGAUUCCAAAGCUGUUGUAGUUACAUUGUGUUUUAUGUAUCAGGAGCAUAAAAUUCCAUUAUACAACAGCUGAUUUCUAAGUAUUCAAGUAUUUAUUGUUUGUCUGCAGCUCAUGUCAGCGUGCCUGCCGAUAGUACGGUGUUAAACAGCUGAAAAAGCAACUUCUGAUGCUAACUCAUUUCCUUUUCCUUUGUGAAUAUAUUGGUAGCGAUGGAGACAGCUAAGUAGGAUUGUAUUUAUAAGUGCAGUAUUUAUUCUGUUUGUGAACGCCCACAAAGAUUUUAGGUGACCAAAGACUCAUCAGCUGGCUGACAGGUGACAGGUUAAGUACACGGAUUGAAUACUGGAAAAUGUUGCAAGCCUGUAUGUAAAAUAUACUCUUUCUAGAUUUUAGGUACAAAACAUUUGCACAAACGAAGAUCAUAUCAUGACAGAACAUUUAUGUUUGUCGCAAACAUUGUAUUAAAGUCUGCACUUUAGCCAUUAAAUCAUUGGGGCAUAUCUGUUUUAUGACACGAAGAGGUGGAUUUUUUGUGCUCUUGAUGAACAAAGAGCCUUUUUUCUAACAAGUUGCAUUGCCCUUAGAAUAAUAGUGUUCAAAAUGUCUGCUGUUUCAUUUUAAUCUGACUUUUUGCAUUUCCCUUUAAUGCCUCAUGUUACUGUACUUUGCUUCUUUCUAGCGACCUAUGCCACUGUGAAGCUUGCAUAAGAAACCUGUGCUUGUCUUUGAUUGUAACACUGCCCUUGGCUCUCGGCUCAUUUGCAUUUUUAAAAUGACCAAAUAUUUUCUUUGUUAUUUUAUAAUUAUUUUGCUGCAUAAAAUAUUGCUCUUAGGGGGGGGAAGUCCAGAUUUGGAACGGCAUGAAUUUAUAAUUUAUUCCGUAUACUUUAAAAGGGCAAAGUACUAAGCAGUUAAAUCACAAGUUCCAGUGGCCCUACCAAUUAUUUUCUGUGGAACAGCAUGACGGGAAAAAGAACUGUGAUGUGAGGAUAGUCUUCAUUCAUCUCAAUGUCGCUGUUAUGUUGAGGCCAGAUAACACUAUUUUCAUUUCAAGAUUAUAAAUGAUGGACUUAUUAUAGUCGGUGAGUCAAGAACCAGUCACUAAAGUGAAAUUCAAAACACUUUCCAACACUUUUGUAAUGUUGCUGAAGGUAGUGAAAUCUAUUCAGAUGUUCAUGAUGAAUUAUAUUUCAGUAUAUCACAGUAACAAUGAACACGUUGGAGUAACUUAAUACAAAUAUCCGGUUUUCCCCCCCAGAUGAAUGUGAUUCCAUGUGGUCAUAUUUAAUCUACAAUACAGACAUGUCUUCAGUUAAAAUAUCCUGAAAUGGCUGCAUAUUUUGCUUAUUUUUUAGGUUUGUGGAAAAAAUUAAUGUUGCUAAUCCUUCUAGCGGCUCAAACAAUUUUCAUUUUCAUUUAGUUUCAUACUUUCUGAAAAGAUGUUAAAGAUUUUGCCAACACACAUUCAAUACGUAAAGCACUGUUGUCAUUUCUAACCCUCCUAUUCACUUUGUCACUCUCCAAAUUAAUUUUUUUACUUUUUGCAAGAAGUAGCUUUUCGGUCCGUUUUUCAAAAAAGAAAGAUAGAUACAUUUUCUAUGAUAAAGUGACCCAACAUUUAUUCAAGAAGGACGUUGGAUCUCGUUCAUACUGUAGCGAAUUGGGGGGGGGCAGUCCGGGAACCGCCACAGCCGGGACGCGAACCCGUGGUUCCCACGCCGCAAGGGACAACGUUAACCGCUCGACUAAAGGGUCAAACCCGUUAGUGGACUGGUUAACGUGGCCCCCCGAAUUCGCUACAGUACGUACAAAUUUGUUUGUACACACCCACGGAUUUUUUUUAGCCCUUAAAAUGGUCUGACAGGCUGAAACAAAGCCGGACGUUUGUUUGUUAUUCAUUUCCCCCAGCAUCUAUCGUCUACCUCUUGCAACGAACAAUCACCCAGGACACCAGUGUUAGCCAGCUAGUGUCUGCAUUCAGGGGUUACCCAGGUUCUACAGUGGUCUCUGAGACAAACUUCAGGGCUAAAAAAAUCCCAUGGGUGUGUGAGAACAAACGUGGCAAACAAACAUUGACGAAUGAGGCUCUUUUCCCUUAUCCUAUUGUAAACUACUAAUAAGACACGUUAGCCCCUAGCUAACCGGUCUGACCCUUUAGCCGAGCGGUUAGUGAUGUCGCCUUGUGGUGCAGUACACGCCGUGUCGAAUCCCGCACCGGGCGAAAAUAAAACGGUUACACUAUUUGGUUUGAACAUAAUUUCUAAGCGUAAAAAAGUUAAUCAAGAAAAAAAAAAUCUGAACUGUCAUUUACGUUAGAAGAGAGAAACAGUGUGUGCCAUCGAUGCUUAAACUGCGCCGAGGGGAACAACACGCCGCUAGACUCGCUAGAUGUUCACCGCUUUGCUUUGCUGAGGAAAGCCUGAGAAGCCUCGGUACUGAAAUGAAGAUUAAGCCAAAAAAUAGGAUUAGUUUUGUAAAAUCGCGAGUUAUAAUUACAUUGAUUACAAUAUCAGACAACAUUCAGCCUUGUUACUGUUUAUACUUGAAGUAAAAUAACACCUUUUUUUGUAAAAACCUGUCUUUUUAUAUUGAGACCUUGUCGGUAAAGUUUUGAAAGAUACUCGAAGCCUUGUUUUAUUUUUCCUUUGCUUGUGUCUUAUUUUGUUGUUUGGAACCAAAAUGCUUUGUAUGGGUUGCAUUUGUGUUGUCAUAAUGUGUCUAAAAACAACAACAACGCCGUUUUCACA